AUGAGCUCCCUCGCUGCUGCCCGCUACGGCAAGGACAAUGUCCGCGUGUACAAGGUGCAUCGCGACGAGAAGAGUGGUAUUCAGACCGUUGUGGAGAUGACCGUCUGUGUUCUGCUGGAGGGUGACAUUGAGACUUCCUACACCAAGGCCGACAACAGUGUUAUCGUUGCCACGGAUUCCAUUAAGAACACCAUCUACAUCACUGCCAAACAGCAGCCCGUCACUACCCCCGAGGUCUUCGGCUCCAUCCUGGGCUCGCACUUUAUCGAGAAGUACAGCCACAUCCACGCCGCACACGUCAACAUCAUCACUCAUCGCUGGGUGCGCAUGAACAUUGACGGCAAGCCCCACCCCCACUCCUUUGUCAAAGAUAGCCCCGAGACCCGCAACGUGCAGGUCGACGUUGUUGAGGGCAAGGGCAUCGAUAUCAACUCCUCCAUCAACGGCCUGACCGUACUCAAGAGCACCGGCUCGCAGUUCUGGGGCUUCCUCCGCGACGAAUUCACCACCCUCAAAGAGACCUGGGACCGGAUUCUCAGCACUGACGUUUCGGCCAACUGGCAGUGGCGCCGCUUCAGCAAUGUGUCGGACGUGAAGGCCAAUGUCGCCAAGUUCGAUGCUACCUGGGAGGCGGCCCGGGCUAUCACCCUCAAGACCUUUGCUGAGGAUAACAGCGCCAGUGUUCAGGCUACUAUGUACAAGAUGGGCGAGCAGAUUCUUGCUACCGCGCCUCUGCUUGAGACUGUGGAAUAUGAGCUGCCCAACAACCACUAUUUCGAGAUUGAUCUCAGCUGGCACAAGGGAACCAAGAACACCGGCAAGGACGCCGAAGUGUACGCUCCCCAGUCCAACCCCAACGGCCUGAUCAAAUGCACCGUUGGCCGUGCUGGCCCCAAGGCCAAGCUGUAA